AUGAUACUACCGGAACUUCAUAAUUUAAAGGUAUUAAAAUCAAAUAUCAUUACUGAUGACCUUGAACAUUAUUUGAAUACUUUGAGAUUUCAACAUCUUGAAGUUCUACAAAUAGAUUAUAUUACAGCUAACGUGACUUGCAAAAAGUUAAAAGUAUUAAUAUUAGAGGCGUAUGACAAUUUUGAUGAUUUAGAUGCAGAGAUAAUAUCCGAUGAAAGAAAAUUGGUAUCAGGAGCAAAUAUAUUAAAUGUAUUAAUUAAUUCUGCACCUAUUAACUUGGAUAUAAUUAGAAUAGUUUAUGAAUUUAACUUUUCAAUUAAUAUUUUUAGAGAAUUAGAAAGGUCGAUCGGACCUUUCUAUUUUUACAUCAAGUUAUGA